GUCUAAGAACGUGAAACGGGAAUCAGGGAUUUUAGUACGAAAAUAAAACCCUAAAUAAACUAUUUGUCAAGAAGUCGUCUAUCGCAUCAACUAAGUGGUAGUUUCUGACUGAUUCUUGGCUGAUUCUUUUGAUUCUUUAUUAGUUGACUUUUUCGCUUUUUGUUGACUAUGGCAGAUGAAAUUUUACGAAAACCACGACGUAAAACAAAGGCUGGACUGCAUCUUUUAGAAUCACCUUUUCCAGUUCCGAUUCAAACUUACACUAGAAAAUCACCAUCAAAUGGAUUCUGGUACAGCUACUUUGGUUGCUUAAAGAAUGAUUAUGUUUGCAUAUUCCGUCUCGGUGAUCUAACAUUUUUAUACAGAUUGGGAUUCUUUGGAAAAGGUAUACUAUCAAGGAGUAGGCCGCAGUUUGAAAAGUAUAAUGAUGUUUUAUCAGAAAAUGCCAAAAGGAUUUAUGUAGGAAAAUAUAAAGGAAUUGAUACAGAUGUAAGAGAGAUAAAGCUACUGCAAUUUGCAAAGAUUCAAAAGGAAAGGUUACGUCAGCAUAAAUCGUGGAAAUGUAACAACGUGUGUAAUCAUAUUGUUCCGGAAGAGAAGGUGGAUUUCAUACCUCCACAGUGUAUAGAUUUAAACAGCGAUAUUGAUAACAAUUUGCUUGAAGAACUUUCUACAGAUGACGAUAUGGAAGAUAUUCAACUUACAAUGAAUUUGAAAUCUUCAUUUACGGAACCAGCUUCAACAAAGCGAAUCAAACUGGAAGAUGAUUUUAAACUUGAAGAUGAUUAUAAGGUUUUGGAAUACUUACAGCUCACGCUUGAAGAGGCUUUUUUUCUCUCCUUUGCUCUUGGGUGUUUAUCUGUUGAAAAUGAGUCAAAGGAAGCAAUGAGUAUUACUAAAAUGUGGAACACUUACUCAGCAGUAAAAGCCGAUUUUAUUCAAAUGUAUAUAGCAUAUCAUUAUUUUCGGAGUAAAGGCUGGGUGGUCAGAACUACUAACAUUUAUGGAACAGACUUUUUACUUUACAAAGAUGGAAUGCCUUUUUACCAUGCAAGCUAUUCUGUAUGCGUACGAUUAGUUGAUGAAGAAAAUCUCAAUAUGAUUGAUGGAAUGGGGGCAUCCAGUUGGAAAGACCUCAGUAGCAUAAGCAGAGUAAAUGAGCGUGUUGCAAAGGAUGUUUUAUUCUGUUAUGUUGUUAAACCGAAAGAAAUGAAAGUAGAACAGCUGGCAGUACCUUCGUGUAUAAAACAUUUUAAAGUUAUUGAAACCGUUUUACGAAGGUGGAUUCCAGAGAAAUAUAGAGAAACAAAAACAUAAUUUUAUAAAUUAUUAUUAAAAUGCGUCAAACUUUUUUUUAUUUUAAACUACAUUCCUAUCGUAAAUAAACAUAUUUGUUGAAA